GAAUUGAACGAUUGUGUUUGUUGUGUAUGUAUAUAAUGUGUAAAGAAAUUGUAUUCAUUUAUUGCAUGAGUAAAAGAAAGUAAUAGGGUUAAGCUCGUUAAGCUAACAUAACAUCGAUAUCCUAAUCAUUGUAAUUAAAUGCACAGUGAGCUGUCCACAAAAAAUCCUAAAUAUUUAUUAGCUACAUGUGUGUGCAAUGUACAUCGUUGUGUCUUCCUGUAUGAGAUAAAGUGAUUACUAUCGCAAACGCCAUAUCACUGGGCGUAUACCUGAUAUUUGUGUUAAUUAAUUAAAAAAUACAUUCCAUCUGAAACAGUUAAAAAUACUGCAUAUCCAUACAAAACCAUGUUCUACUACUGCGAAAUAUACUCAUUUUAAGAAAAUAUAAUCUGGCUAAAAGUGUCGAUUGUUUGUGAUUUGCUUCCUCCCGAGGGUGGUAGAUUUCACCGAUUCAGACUGCGAUAUGCCUCCAUUGAACAGCUACAAUGGAAAUGGCAAUGCUAGUGAUAUUAUCUGUUCGCUCACACAAUCACAAAUGGCCAUCGAUCAGACCAAUGACUGUACUGCCGGAGUACGACCCAUCUUCACUUGCUCGCAGUAUCCCCAGAAGGUUCUGUUGAAUCUGAAUGCUCUGCGGCAAAAUGUGCGCUUCUGUGAUGUGGAAAUUGUGGUCGGCAAUACAACGAUUCAGGCCCACCGGGCAGUGUUGAGUGCUGCUUCCGCUUAUUUUGAGGCAAUGUUCCGACCAGAGCUGGGUCUUAGCGAAGGGAAGCAGAAAUCUGUAACGCUGCACUCAAUCCGGGCAGAUAUCUUGAUGCUGCUGAUCGAUUUCAUUUACACCGGACAAGUAGAGAUUAAACAGAGUAACGUCCAGGAGUUGUUGGCGGCCGCCGACAUGAUCCAGUUGCCGGAGGUCGUCGACGGAUGCUGCGAAUAUCUCUGUCGGGAACUUCAUUCGUCCAAUGCACUAGGAAUUCUACGCUUCGCGGAAGCCCACAACUGCCGCCAGCUUGCUGAAGCUGCUGCCACGUAUGUAUACACCAACUUUCCCAAAGUUUCCCUAGAAGAUGAACUACUGGACGUUCCGCACUUGAUGCUGAUGAAGGUUAUUUCAUCCGAAUCAUUGAGAGUAGAUAGUGAAUUUCAAGUGUUCAAGGCAGCUUUGCGUUGGAUCAAGCACGACGUCGUUCCUCGUAGGCGAUACGUUUUCGAGAUUUUGGCACAUGUGCGUCUAGCGUUGGUACCUGUUGGACUAAUCGAUCAAGCGAUUGCCGAAUGUCGCGAUGUUUCGCUAAAAAUAGCACUGCGUUCGGUCCGGAAGGAUUUAACCUCCAAACGCGGUCAGCUUGUAACUCUUCGCGUUUGUCCACGAGUUUGUGCCAAAAAGAGUAUCUACAUAAUAGGAGGGUCCAGGCGGGAGCAAUCUGCCGGAUGGACACCAGCAGACUGUAUCUUUGAAAGCGUGAUCAAAUACGACAUAUUCCGACGCGAGUGGGUUGAAUCAGCUCCAAUGCAGAUAGGAAGAAUAUUACCAGGGGUCGCCACACUUGGUGGUAAGAUAUUCGUCAUCGGAGGUGAACGGGGCAGUCAGAUAUUGGCUAAUGGAGAAGUCUACGAUACACAGAAUAACAACUGGGAAGCAAUGGCACCCAUGAUUGUACCUCGGUGUGAAUUUGGGCUGUGUGCUUUAGGAGGUACCUUGUAUGCUAUGGGCGGGUGGAUUGGAGAAGAUAUAGGAGGUUCAAUUGAAUGUUAUGAUCCAAUGAGGAAUGUGUGGAGAAUGGUGGGAGAUCUGCCCGAGCCCAGGUUUAGCAUGGGGGUCGUCAGUUUUGAAGGUCUCAUUUACAUUGUUGGAGGAUGCACAACAUCCAGUCGCCAUUUGCCGGAUCUGAUAAGCUACAACCCGGUUACUCACGAAUGGAACAAUCUUGCUCGGAUGAGAACGGCUCGCUGUCAAAUGGGGGUGGCAAUACUAGAUCGAUAUCUAUAUGUCAUUGGGGGUAACAGCAGCCAACAGGAGGUGCUCUGUACCGUAGAAAGGUAUUCUUUCGAUGAGAAUAAGUGGUCAUCAGUAGCACCCAUGUCGGUUAGCAGGGCAAGUCCAGCAAUAGCAGCAGCCGACGGUUUACUGUAUGUGGCAGGUGGAGAUCAGCCAUGUGAGAUAAAUUUCUAUCGCGCACAGGUGACAAUAGCAUCAUUUGAGUGUUAUGAUCCAAUCAACGAUCACUGGAAGCAAUGUCCCGAUUUGCCUACUAGUCGUUCUGAGGCGGGUGCUGUUGUGGUUUGAGGGAAUAUUUCAUUACAUUCAUUUUGCCUAUCAAAAUACCAGUUAGUCCGCCAAAGUUAUGAUUCGCUAUUCAUAUUAUUUUGUGCAUAUUUUUUCCACGCGAUAGUCAAAAAUUGAGUAGAAAGAUAUGGCAGUUUUAAACGAAGCUAGUGCAGGAGAAGAUAUGAACGGUUUAGGUUAAUUGUCGGAAGGGCAGCUCAAAUCUCUUUAUUCGUGAAGUGUAAAUGCGGUCUGAAAACUAAAGGUAAAACUUGGACUGAGUUCCGCCGACUAAAGUAGAAUCUCAUGUGUAAUAACCGGUUAAAGAAAUAGCCGUCGUACUGCGCGAUGAAAUUUUAUAUUGAAAUUCCUAAAUAAGUAUGAAUUAUCUUUAUCAGAAUUUUACAUUAAUAAUUCCUUCCUUUUUAAGGGAACUGUAGGGGAUUUCUACAUCGAAGGGCCUCAGUGCAAAUUUAAUACUUCAAGUUUUUAGUCGCCUUCUUGACUUCAAUAGAAUUUCAGAACAUUUCCGUAUCGACUAUUAAUUUCAGCCGUUAAUAUAUGAGUAAUGAUAUUUUGGAAUUGAUUUUUACUAAAAAUUACAUCCAACCAAAUAAUUGAUCUAUAAACUGCAAACAAUGGUGAUGAGCCUUAUUCUAAAAAGCGAAGUAUUGAUUUUUUGAGCGAAUGUGGCUAGACAGAGUCCGACUACCGUUCGAUUUUGUUACCAUCACAAAUCACAUUCGAUCGGAAGAGCAACUACAUAUGAUCAGGGGCGGAUCCAGAAAAAAAUUUCGGGGGUGUCCGAAAUUUUGAUUUUAAAAUGUUCAUUGCACAAUACGUAAUAUAAUAAUAACCUAAUUUAAUUAAAAUCAGUUUUGUUGGUCGAAUCUGGUUUGGAAUAUUUUUGAGUUUAGAAUGAAUUGAAAUAGAAACUAUUUUAAAUUUUCUCAACCAGUUAAAAUUUUUGAAGGGGGGGGGGGGGUCCGGACCCCAAGGACCCUCCCCCUGGAUCCGCCACUGCAUAUGAUGUAGAAUAAGGUCAAUUAUCUUAGCAACAUAUUUACUAAAAAAUUCCGAUCGACUGUUAGAGACUAGAGCACGUUUUGUAUAACACAUGUUAUCCCACCUCACCUUAAUGUUUAUUUAAAAUCAAAUUUAUUUUAUUAUUAGCACCACUUGUAAAACAAGCGUAUUAACCAAAGAUUUUCAUAGCUACAUACAUUGUGAUUGAUCGAAAUGUUGUAAAAAAUAAACGUAAUAAAGUUAUUGUGUUGAAAGCUACGAGCAAAGAUAAACUAUAAAGGACGAAUUUGUGUGUUUACAUGAGUGUAAACUAUGUUGGUGUAUAAAAACAAACAAACCUGCUUCACAAUACUUUUUUUUCUAAUAAACAUGUGUUCGUAUUUCACUGAAA